GUUUCGGUCGCUCAGUCACCGGAGAAACGGAGCGCUGUGUUUAACUGGGAAUUCCUGCUGUCUGUGGUUCUGAGUCCAGUUACUGCAGGCUGCAGGAAUGGGCCUCCACCUCGAUGGCUGACGGCUGUGGAGCGAUCACAAAAUGCUGGCUCGUAACCGCUUCAUCCUUCUGGUGGUGGUGGGCGGGGCCGUGGUGGCCGUCGUCAGCCUGAGUCUCCAGUUCUUGAACCUAAUUCCUGCCACUUCCAUGGUGGAGCAGCAGUCAUUCCUGGCUGCCGAUGAAGGAACUGGGGUGGUUCUGGGAAAGGGUAGAAAAAGGGUGUUCCCAGUGCCUCACACUCAAGAACCCGACCCUUUAUUUGAGGCUUACGGCUACUGCAACAUGCCAAACCAAACCGAACAGGCCUGGGAGGGUCACAGUCCUGCAGACUACAGGCUCCUGUCUGUCCAGGUGAUGAUUCGCCAUGGUGAUCGAUAUCAGCUUUACUCCAUCCCCAAGACCAGGAGGCCGGCCAUCGCCUGCAGUCUGUCGACCAGCAGGCAACCAUCCCACCCACUGCUGAAGUCCUUCAUCAGUCACAUGGAGCACGCGAGUCGUGGUCACUGGGAGUCCCCGCUGGGUUCUGUUCCCCGUCUGCCGAACCACAGUUCCUGUGAGACGGGAGAACUUACACAGACAGGUGUGGUGCAGCACCUUCGCAACGGGCAGAUCCUCCAUCAUGCUUACAAACGGCACAAUCUUCUCCCCUCUGAUUGGUCCCCUCGUCAGGUUUGGGUGGAGACUACGAGUAAGAGUCGCACUCUCCAGAGCGGGCUAGCGUUUCUGUACGGCUUCCUCCCGGACUUUGAGUGGACCAAGCUAACGGUACGUCAUCAGUGGAGCACGCUGUUCUGCGGCUCAGCGUGCGACUGCCCGGCCAGGAACAGAUACUUAGAGGACGAGCAGAAGAGGCAGUAUCGGCUUCGAGUGGCUGACACCAACCUGGACCGGACUUACGCUGACAUGGCGCGCACUUUGGGCCUUCUGACCCGCCAGCUCCGAGCUGCAAACCCUGUAGACUCGCUGUUGUGCCACCUGUGUCAUGGCCUUCCUUUCCCCUGUGCUUCUGCUGGAGAUGGUGGUGCUGGCGGGUGUCUGACGAUGGCGCAGCUAGGUGUUAUUCGCCAGCAGCAGCUGGAUGACGAGGUGGAUCGUAGAAGAGUGGGACUGUAUCGUAAAUAUGCCAUCACGGCUAUGUACCCCUACCUAAAUCGAACUGUUGCCAAGAUGGAGCGGAUUGCUAAGAGCAGCGAGGCUGGGAGUCACCCUCGUGCAGGUGGUGAGGAGAUCUUCACCCUUUCUUCAGCACAUGAUGUCACGAUGGCCCCGCUGCUCAGUGCCCUCGGAUUAGAGGACGCCAGUUUUCCACGUUUCGCAGCGAGACUAGUUUUUGAAUUAUGGAAGAGCCCUCCAGUGAUGGAGAGGCAGGUAAAGACGAGGGCUGAGAAAGCUGAGCAGUCGAAUCUGAAAGAUGGAGAAGUGUUCAUCAGGGUGCUGUACAACGGUGAAGAUGUGACCUUUCACACCACCUUCUGCCGCUACCACAACCGCCACUUCAGCCGGCCGCUCUGCCCUCUGAAAAACUUCCUCACCUUCGUCAGGAGAGACAUGUUCAGUGUUGUCAAUGCCACUUCCUACAAGGAGUCCUGUUACAGGCGUCCUGCUUGAUACGAGGAUGCUCAGCCGUCCAAUGGUUGGACUUCCACCACUUUAACUCAUCUUCCUCUUUUUGAGAGGGAGCGCCUCAUCGUGUCUUAGUUGUACAUAUGUUUUAAAAAAAUCCUUCACAUUCCCACAUUCUUCAUGUUUUUUAAGUGCAUCUGUGAUCAAUGCAUAACUCCUGGGAAGUUGUACAGCACUUCGCCACUUUAUUCCUACAUUUCAUUGCUCCAUGAAACUAAUAUAACUUCACUGCUAAAUCCCUGCAGGAAAAGGGAAAUAUGAUGUUGGAUUAUUCACUCCUCUGAAACAUCCUGUGUGAAAAGUCAGUUUAGGUUGGGCCACACUGCUCUGUCUGGCUCAUUGUUAUGUUUGAGCAGUUAGUGUUUUUAUCUGAGGAUUUUAGCGUUACGAUUGAUGAACUCUACUUCAGUAUUUUUCACUUUAUCUAAAAAGGUUAAUUUUAAAAAACGUCUUUAUACUGUAAAGGAAAUUCACACUGAAAUAAAUUCUGAUUCCAGAAGUA